UUGGCCAGGGGCAAAAGCGUCUCCUGUUACGUCAUUGCUGUCCUUAAUGGGCAAGUGGAGCGACUCCUGAGUCAGAACAAAGCCGGGUUGUUACUGCCGGGGACAAAAAUACUGUCUCCUACUCUCUUCUUAAAAACCUGUAUUAGUUUUAAAACAGUACCUUUAUCAUGACCAACAAAACGACACAUCUGCUCUUUAAGACGCUGCUGGAGAUGUCUGAAGCCCGCUCCUCAAAAGUUGCGCUUGGAAAUAGUAAAAGAGCAAAUAUCAGGCACUUAGGCUCAUGUGGGGCCCUGGUAGUGAGAAAGGCCAGCCUGCCUCUCACACCCUCCAUCCCUGUCAGCACACCCACCCGCAGCUUCAUCAACCUGGCUGCUCCCAUCACCACCCGCAGGAUGGAGUACACCGAGUGCCGGACAUUAGGGUAUACUCCAGAGCAGAUGUACAAUGUGGUUGCCAGUGUGGACCAGUAUCGACACUUUGUUCCUUGGUGCAAGAAGUCUCGGGUCAUUAAGGGACAAAAUGGUGACGUCCAGGCGGAGCUUGAAAUAGGUUUCCCCCCCAUCGUGGAGCGCUACACCUCUGAAGUCACCGUCAUCCCAAACCACAGAGUCAGGGCCGUGUGCACUGAUGGAUCCCUCUUCAGCCACCUUGAAACAAUAUGGAGGUUUGCACCUGGAGCCAAAGACCUACCCGCCUCCUGCAAAGUGGACUUCUAUGUGUCAUUUGAGUUCAGGUCUCUUCUGCACUCUCAGCUGGCCAGCGUGUUCUUUGACGAAGUGGUUAAGCAGAUGGUCGGUGCCUUCGAGUCACGGGCAGCGACGCUUUACAGGAACCAGAAGGCACCACUGAGGAGGCAGUCGACAUGAGGCAACCCGUUUAAACUCCCCUUCAUCCACAUCCACUCAGACUUUUAACCACACCCAGCUUACCUUCUAUCAACACUUGUCUCACAGAGGAAACCGGAUCUUCUUUUUGCACUCACACAUAUUUUAUACUUGAGUUGACAUGCACAAAAUAUAUCUAAACCUGCUUAUCUGUAGGCCACAAGCUAAUUUAUUUAUGUUCUUGUACUUAUAUAUAUUUAUUUAUUUUAGGGACAGGGAUGAAUGCAUGGCUUCAAAUAUUAUGUUGAACACAAAUGUUUUCUUUGUGGGAUAAUGUACAAAUGAAUGACUGCUGAAACAUC